AUGCGGUGCGCGAACAAGGACGCUGAAGAGCGUCUGCACGUCUCUGUGCAGACGCCGAAGCAGAAACCACAGCAACUGAUGUCUCAUCGGUUGCUGAAGCGACUCAGCCUGUGUCACCUGGUGAUGCAGGCGCUCGUCAUGAAGACACUCAUGUCUUCACAGAGUAUGAGCUCGGUGUCUCAUACUCUCCUGAUACGGAAGACGGAUCCGUAUCGACAGCGAUCGAAUCCAAGCCGCCUGCCAAGCGUGGCAUGGAUGAUGCUAUGCGUCGUAGCAUCUGAUGAAUCAGAUGAACCAUCGCCGAAGCGAAGGCGCUCGAGGUCGCGAGACUCGGGCGCUAACAGUGGUGUCGGUUCUCCUAUGGACACCACUUCGCAACGAGGUGCCAGUCCUUCUGUCGGCACAUCGCAGGAAGAGCGGGACCGCAAUGUGUUGCGUCUCGCUCCCGAGACGAAGGCAUGGAUGCCUUCAAAAUCCGUCAUGGAUCACUUGUCGGCGACGACGAGUGAUCGUUAUCGAACACGGUUGUUCGAUUCGUCAAGGAUCCAUCACCUUGACCCCAGUGCGUAG